CCUCAUAGCAGUAGCAGUAGCAAUACCUUUCUGUCUUUUAUCUCUCACCUGCUGGUUAGGCUCAGAACAUCACCAUGGACGCUGCAGGAGACGGGCGGAACGACGCCUUGGCUGAGGGCCGGCGCAUCUACUUAGGCAAUCUCCACUACGUGCUCAAGUCGCAGGACAUUGAGGAGUUUCUCAUCUCCAAUGGCUUCGACGACAUUGAGAACAUCCACGUCUCUGUCGACCCCGUCAGCGCCCGCAACCCGGGCUACUGCUUUGUGGACUUUGCCGAGCGGGCCACGGCUGAGCGAGCCCUGACUGAUCUCAGGGCAAGUCUGCGUGGCCGUGAGGUCAAGGUCGGUCCAUGCGAGCCUAGGAAGAAGCGCAAUGGAGACGGCCGGUCCACCUUCCAGCGUUCGGGUGACUGGCGAAGCCCGUCUGGUGACGAUGGCCAGCAGUUCCAGGGCGAGCCUAGGGAGCAGAGGCCCCGAGGAGGCUUCACUCGCUCCGACGAGGUGGCCGAUGAGUCUCAGGGAAAGCGACUGUAUGUUGGAGGACUGGCCAAGAACCUGGACCAGGAGCAGAACAACCAGGAGAUGAUGGACAUUUUCACUGGAUUCAACCCCUCAUACAUUGGCAAGCGCAUCACGCCUCAUGAGAGCACUCGCAGCCCAGCUGGAACCUACUACUACUGCUUCGUUGACUUUGAGAGCAAGGAGGAGGCUGAGGCCGCCAUGCAGGCCCUGGAUGGUGCCCAGUACGACGGAGGCGUGCUGAAGGUGUCGCUGGCUAAGAGGACAGACCGACAGUCCAACCGCCCCAAUGUGGCAUCGGAUCGCAACGGCGGCCAAGGACGCGGUGGGUGGCGAUCAUCCAACCCUCGACCCGAGGGCGGAGCGCCACCUCCCGCCAGGGCCAUGGGAUCCAACAACUGGCGAAAGAGGGACACUGAGUAGUCGGUUUUUGAUGGAGUGAAUGAGAGACUAGGACUUGAAAAUUGGAAAGGAGAUUGGCUUCGGACGAGGCCACAGUAAUGCUGAUACAUGAUGUAUGAAUUCUCUUCUUGUUAUGUAUUUGUUUCUUUACUAGUACAGCAAACACAACAAAAGGUGGAAAGAGAGAGCGAGCUGAUUUGUGUCGUCUCAUGUCUCGU